AUGUCAGAUUCCAACAUGACUGACUUCACCAACCCCUCCACCUUCAUCCUGCUGGGCAUUCCUGGCCUGAAGACAGCCUAUGUCUGGAUCUCCAUCCCUUUCUGCACCAUUUAUGCCAUAGCUGUCAUGGGGAACUUCACCAUCCUGUUCAUUGUGAAGAGGGAGCCGAGCCUCCAUGAGCCCAUGUACUAUUUCCUCUGUAUGCUGGCUGUCACCGAUCUUUUACUAUCUACAUCUACCAUUCCCAAAACGCUGAACAUCUUCUGGUUCAAUUCCAGGGAGAUCGAUUUCAGUGCCUGCCUCACCCAGAUGUACUUCGUUCAGUGCUUCUCAGUGAUGGCGUCUGGAAUCCUCGUGGCCAUGGCUUUUGAUCGCUACGUGGCCAUCUGCCAUCCCCUGAGAUAUUCCACCAUCCUGACAAACUCUGUGGUGGCCAAGAUCGGCCUGGCCGUGGUACUGCGCAGUGGUAUGCUCAUAAUGCCCAAUCCUAUCCUGGCAAAGCAGUGGCCAUAUUGCAGAACCAACAUCAUCCCCCACACGUACUGUGAGGGCAUAGCUGUGUUGAAGGUUGCAUGCACUGACAUACGUGUCAGUAGUUACUACGCCCUCUCUGUGGCAUUCUUGGUGACCGGUGUGGAUGUUUCUUUUAUCUCCGUGUCCUAUAUCCAGAUCCUCAGGGCCAUCUUCAGUCUUCCCACAAAGGACAUCCAGCUCAAGGCUUUUAGGACCUGUGGCUCCCACCUCUUUGUCUUCUUAAUAUUUUGCAUCCCAUCUUUGUUCUCCAUCCUCACACACCGGUUUGGCCAGAAUGUCCCCCAGCACGUCCAUGUUCUCAUUGCUAACGUGUACCUCCUGGUACCCCCCAUGCUGAACCCCAUCAUCUAUGGGGUGAGGACCAAACAGAUCAGAAACAGCCUGCUCGGUUCUUCACUUAUAACUUAG